AUGUUGUUUGGUUUGCGGCAGGCAGUGAUGAGUGGUUCCGACGUCAUCGCGUACAAGGUACGAUAUCCAGACGGCACUCAGGACAGUGUGGCCCCUGAAAAAACCCUAGUCUGCGAAAAGAGAAAAGAGGAGGUUAGAUCAGCUAGCCGACAAUCUGCAGGUAGUUUGUCUGGUGACAUUCAAGGUCCUGCUCAUGGUGACUUGCGGAACGAGCCUUUGAUGGAUCGAGGUGUGUCCUCCUCUUCGCAACCUGGGCGCCAGUCCCCGCCUCGAGGGCCCCGGCAGCUGGAAUACUUGGGCCGUGCCUUUGACGAUGAAAGGCGGAACAUCGCGACUCCAUCUGCCACAUUUUCUCUGGUUGCAACUAUGGUGGGCGGUGGAGUGUUGUCGCUUCCAUUUGCCAUGAGCCAGUGCGGUUUGGUCCUGGGCACAGGAUGCCUUCUGCUGUCUGCUGUUGGUAGUGCUUGGACGCUUUCGAUGUUGGUGGAUUGCGCCAGGGCCACAGGUCGUGAUAGCUUUGAGCUGGUUGGCCACGCUGCAUAUGGGGAAAUGAGUCGCAAGGCCACUAUCGCAUUGGUGUUCCUCAUUUGCUGGCUUACGAAAAUUGCAUAUUUUGUCCUCCUGACAGACCUCAUGGUCCCGGUUGCAGAGCUCAUCGUGCCAAGCUUGCAUGGAUUGGGUCCUGAGACCAUCCGACGCAUUGUUGUGUGUAUUGCUGCACUGAUCUUGUCUCCGAUGUGCUACAAGAGCAAUCUUUCUGCUCUCAGCUUCAUGUGCUUUGCCAGCGUUGCCAGCGUUGUGGUCGUUGGCUGCGUUGUGGGAAUCCGGGCCUUCCAGUCCUUUGGAAAGGAGCAUCAGGUGCAAGUUCAGAUGCCGGACCACACCAACCGCGCAGUGGAGGUGAUGCCCUUGUACCGCUUGUGGCCGGAGGAUUGGGCGAAAGCUUUGUAUGCCUUUCCUACCUUCGGUGUGUCGUUCUUGUGCCACUUCAAUGCCCUUCCAACACACCAAGAGCUGGCCAGACCCACAAGGACUCGAAUGAGACGAGUGAUCCUGGUGACUUUGACUUUGACUUCAAUGAUCUACUUGUUCGUCAGCAUUUGUGGCUAUGUGUACACUGGCUGCUACACCUGUGGCAAUGUACUCUUGAACUUCUCUCAAGAUGAUAGCCUCAUCACAGUUGCCCGCACGGCUUUGAGCUUGGUCUUGAUGCUGAAUUUUCCGUUGAUCUGCCAGCCCUGUCGCAAUGCCUUGUUCCGCCUGCUUGCGGGAACUGGGUGCGUGAGAUCUUGCGCGCCUUGUGCCACUGAAGCUGAGAGUGGACAAGAGAAUGGUUCAGGGUCCUUCAGCAUGGAAAUUGUGACCACGUCAGAUCCUGGCGUGGAUAUCCGUGAUUUUCCAUUGCCACGAGUUGCAGAGCCGGAGCCCAACCGAAGGGGAUCAUCACCUCCUUCAUCACCACCACAAGCUUGUGUGCACGUCUACUUGCGGCAGGAUACCCGAGGUGGGCGUGUAGCUGGCGAUCGCGGUUCUAGUGUGCAAGUCUUCGACACUUUCUUGCCCAAGGAAGAAGCAAUGCAACAAAGUUUUCUGGAGCCAAGCAACCUACAACGCAUCGUGCUCACCACUCUUUUGCUCAGCACCUCAUUGCUGGUGAGCUGCGUUAUGAGGAGCAUCAUGGUGGUGUGGUCAGUGAUUGGCAGCACAGUCAGCUUCCUGAUUGCUUUCAUCAUGCCAGCUUUGUUCUGGUACAAGGUUGUGGGGCCCACAGUUCGGCCGUGGCGGCGCCGAUGCUCUUUGGUCUUGGCACUGUGCUGUUCAGUUAUGUCUUGCAUUUGCUUUGUUCUGGCUUGUUUGAACUUGGACGAGCCGCCUUGCCCGACAAAACGGGUUGCAGUUGGUCGCCAGCUGUCCUGA